AUGAGUAGCUCCAGCACUCCUAACAGCACAGCUGCUGCACCAGCGGUAUCUGAUUCAGUCAAUACAACUGAAAAUAAGCCUUUUGAUACUGAAAAAUAUGACGAAGUUACAGAGGGAAAGGCCUCGAUUUUAUAUCCGAAAGGAAAUACUGUGUUUUACAACCCUGUACAACAGUUCAACAGAGAUAUCAGUAUUGUAGGAAUCCGGGCCUGGUCGGAAAUCUAUAACGAACAGGUUCUAAUUCCUCGAUUGGAAAGAAGCAAGAACGCAAAAAACAAGGCCAACAAGAAAAGAAAGAGAGAAAAUGACGAGGGAACCGUAGUUUCUGAGCCAAGCACCGAAACAAAAGUCGAACCAGAAUCUACUUCUGAGACCCAAGCUGAAACGGAUGCUGCCACUACUCAAGACACACCUAUGAGCGAAGCUAAUAGUGCCACUGCCGCCGAGUCAUCGAAACCAUAUAUCGAAAUUAUCGAGGCUCUUUCAGCCAGUGGAUUAAGAGCUAUCCGUUACGGUAAAGAGAUCCCCUAUAUCAAAAAAGUUAUCGCCAAUGACUUCUCGAAAGAAGCAGUUAAAUCUAUUCACGCCAAUGUCGAACACAACCAAAUUGGCAGCAGAGUAUACCCCAACGAAGGUGAUGCCAAUAUUGUCAUGUACCAACACAAGACCAAAAAUGUCCACGUAGUCGAUUUAGAUCCAUAUGGAAGUGCUACCCCUUUUAUGGAUGCUGCUGUGCAAUCGGUGUGCGACGGUGGUCUACUUCUUGUGACAUGCACUGAUCUGGCUGUUUUGGCUGGUAACUCAUAUCCUGAGAAAUGUUUCUCUCAAUAUGGAGGUAAUACUUUGAACAAUGACUCGUGCCAUGAAGCUGCUCUCAGAUUAGUGUUGAAUAUGGUUGCAUCUACAGCUGCAAAAUAUGGCAGAGCCAUUGAACCACUUCUCUCGCUGUCAAUUGAUUUCUACGUUCGAUGCUUCAUUCGAGUCCGAAGCCAGCCUGCUCUUGUCAAAUUCAAUGCUUCAAAAACCAUGAUUGUAUACAACUGUAGCGGAUGCGGUACUACCACCUGCCAACCACUCGGAAGAGCCACUGCCCGUGAAAAGAACAACCACGUCACAUACAAACAUUCGUAUGCCCAAGGACCCACUGUCUCAUCCAACUGUGAACAUUGUGGAUUUGUCCACCAUGUGGCCGGUCCAAUGUGGGGAGGACCACUUCACGAUGAGAAAUUCGUUUCCAAAAUGCUUGAGAUCCACGAUACUCUCGACACCAAUGUGUAUAAAACGACCCAAAGAAUCAAAGGUAUGCUAACUGUAGCCAAAUCAGAACUCGAUGACACGCCGUUCUUCGUGUCUCUACCACAUCUAUCUUCUGUCGUGAAAGCGCCCUGUCCUCCUCUCACAACUUUUGCCAGUGCUCUUCUCAACGGCGGAUACAGAAUCUCUGGCACCCACUGCCAGCCUGCUAGCAUCAAAACCGACGCCACAGCCUCUUUCAUCUGGGAUGUGAUGCGCGAAUGGAUCAAACUCGAAAAGAAAGGCGACACCAAAAACCUCAGUCCCACCUCUCCUGGCGGCAACAUUCUCAAGACCCUAGAAACCAAACACAGCAUAUCCUUCGAGGUCCACCCCAAAGCAUCCGAGCUCGAGAAACAGCGCAAGUCCAAACUAGUGCGCUACCAGGUCAACCCCACCGAAAACUGGGGCCCCAAAGCCAAAGCUAAAUAG